CCGUCGGCGUGGGGGAGGUGGUCGGGGCUUGGGCCCCUGACGGACCCGGCUGAAACCCGCGCCCCGUGGAUCGCGACCCUCUUCUUCCUCUGUCCUCGCCCUUCCUUGCGUUUUCGCACGCCGGCGAAGCAGCUGCUGGCGGAGGGUCGCGUUAAACAGCUCUCCAGCAGAAGUGCCUCGUUGUCCGCCGAUGCUGUGGCUCCCAGGUCAGACUCCUAGGGAAACUCUCGGGCUGGCGUCCGGCGUCGAGUAUCGGUUGUAUAACAGCUGUGCCCUAGUUAUCUCUUUGUGAGCCGAGCAUCCCUCCAUUGGCCAGCCGUUUUUAGAUGUCGUGAGAUCUCGUGCGAAGAAUCCCAUUGGCACAGCCCAAACCGAAGCCCUCGAGGAAGGGAGAAGCGUUGCUGGCCCUGACAUCAGCUCCUCUUAAAUAAGGAUCCCCGCCUCCCUUCUGUGUUACCGGGGUGGAGCUAGGAGAAGACAGAGCCUCCUGUACGUGUUAAUUUAGAGCAGAAACAGUCGUGGAUAAAUUUCCGUGCCAUCCAUUAAGGGCCCCUUGCGUCUCUGUUAUUAAGAGGAGUCUUUGUUCUGUCUUUGUGUGGCGUUUUAGUGACAGUCUUCAGCACGUCGGCGAAAGAAAACACUGUGUGAUGUGAUCCUUAUGGUCCAGGAAAGGAAGAUACCUGCUCAUCGUGUUGUCCUUGCUGCAGCCAGUCAUUUUUUUAACUUAAUGUUCACAACUAACAUGAUUGAAUCAAAGUCCUUUGAAGUGGAACUCAAAGAUGCUGAACCUGACAUUAUUGAACAACUUGUGGAAUUUGCUUAUACAGCUAGAAUUUCUGUGAAUAGCAACAAUGUUCAAUCCUUGCUAGAUGCAGCAAACCAGUACCAGAUUGAACCUGUGAAGAAAAUGUGUGUUGAUUUUUUGAAAGAACAAGUUGAUGCUUCAAACUGUCUUGGUAUAAGUGUACUAGCGGAGUGUCUAGACUGUCCUGAAUUGAAAGCAACUGCAGAUGACUUUAUUCAUCAGCAUUUUACUGAAGUUUAUAAAACUGAUGAAUUUCUACAACUUGAUGUCAAGCGAGUUACACAUCUCCUCAACCAGGACACUCUGACUGUGAGAGCAGAGGAUCAGGUUUAUGACGCCGCAGUCAGGUGGUUGAAAUAUGAUGAACCUAAUCGCCAGCCUUUUAUGGUUGACAUCCUUGCUAAAGUCAGGUUUCCUCUUAUAUCAAAGAAUUUCUUAAGUAAAACAGUACAAGCUGAACCACUUAUUCAAGACAAUCCCGAAUGCCUUAAGAUGGUGAUAAGUGGGAUGAGAUAUCAUCUCCUUUCUCCAGAGGAUCGAGAAGAACUGGUAGAAGGCACAAGGCCCAGAAGGAAGAAACAUGACUACCGCAUAGCCCUGUUUGGAGGCUCCCAACCACAGUCUUGUAGAUAUUUUAACCCAAAGGAUUAUAGCUGGACAGACAUCCGCUGCCCCUUUGAAAAACGAAGAGAUGCAGCAUGCGUGUUUUGGGACAAUGUAGUUUACAUUUUGGGUGGCUCCCAGCUUUUCCCUAUAAAGCGAAUGGACUGUUAUAAUGUCGUUAAGGAUAGCUGGUAUUCCAAACUGGGCCCUCCAACACCUCGAGACAGCCUUGCUGCGUGUGCUGCAGAAGGCAAAAUUUAUACAUCCGGAGGUUCCGAAGUUGGAAACUCAGCUCUGUAUUUAUUUGAGUGCUAUGAUACGAGAACUGAGAGCUGGCACACGAAGCCCAGCAUGCUGACUCAGCGCUGCAGCCACGGGAUGGUGGAAGCCAAUGGCCUGAUCUAUGUCUGUGGUGGAAGUUUAGGGAACAAUGUUUCUGGGCGAGUCUUGAAUUCCUGUGAAGUCUAUGAUCCUGCCACAGAAACGUGGACUGAGCUGUGUCCAAUGAUUGAAGCCAGAAAGAAUCAUGGGCUGGUAUUUGUAAAAGACAAGAUAUUUGCUGUGGGUGGUCAGAAUGGCUUAGGUGGUCUGGACAAUGUGGAAUAUUAUGAUAUUAAGUUAAAUGAAUGGAAGAUGGUCUCACCAAUGCCAUGGAAGGGAGUAACAGUGAAGUGUGCAGCAGUUGGCUCUAUAGUUUAUGUCUUGGCUGGUUUUCAAGGUGUGGGUCGACUAGGAAACAUCCUUGAAUAUAAUACUGAAACAGACAAAUGGGUCGCCAACUCCAAAGUCCGAGCUUUUCCAGUAACAAGUUGUUUAAUUUGUGUUGUUGAUACUUGUGGAGCAAAUGAAGAAACCCUUGAAACAUGAAAAAUGAGUGAACUUUCAAGAUUCAUUGGAGGCUCAAAAAUAUGGCCACCGUGCUUUGUUCCAAGAGUGCAGUUACAAAAUUUUAGUUUGGUUUUUUUUUUUUUUUCCCCCAAGGAAGUUUCAAGUAAAGUAAGAUUCAUGUAAAAUAGAUUUUCUUUUAUAUGAAUUUACUUAAUUGAAAGACCAUAUUUCAGCCGGCCAUAUAACCAAGAACAAAUCUAGCAAGAAAACUUGUAAAAUUAUAAGCACUUGGUGAAAAUAUGAAUUCUUAAAUGAAUUUCACAUUUGUUUAAGUAUGAUUAUGGCAGAAUGGGGGACUGACUCAUGAUUGAAGCAGUCUCAUGCUAGCUCUAGAUUCUAUUUUCAUACAUCAUAGAAGUGCUAUGUAGUUAUGUCUGUUUCUUUUCAGUCAAAAACUGAGAAAUAGUAUGAAUUGUAAGUCAAAGAUAGUUCUGAUGGAGCAGCUUAGUCUCAUAUAAUUUGCUUGUCUUCAUUUGUUCCAUUUAGUGCCAAAUGUAUUCCAUUUUAAAAGCAAGCCAGAGUGAGUGAAAGCAUACACUCAUAUCUCAUAAAACCUCAUAAAUACAUUUUGGGAGUUAAAAUGUAAUCAACUCCUCAUGAAAUAUAUUCAGUACAAUUAAAUAAUUCUCUUUUUAACACAAAAUGUGAAGCUUAGCACCCAUCAUUAAUUUACGUCACUUUUUUAACCCAGGGAUUAAGAAAGGAUUAUACCUCCUCAGUGCUCACUCUGUUAAUAUUACCUAGCAAAAGAAAGCUACUUAUAGCAAAUUCUAGGUCACUAGAAUAUCACUGAUAGUUAUACACUGUCAAUGUUGAAUUUGAACUUCUUAUAGAUUAAAAAAAGGUACAUAAUUUCUCUUCCUUAGCAUAACAUAUCAGCAAAUUUGACCCAGUUGUCUCUACAAGUUUUGUAAUUUAGUUAAAUAUUUGUCAUAUUAAUUACUUAUAUGUGAUCAGUAAAUCCUUUAUAAAACCAACUGUUCAUUUCUUUCCUAGUAAUGUUUUACCCUUUUACAUUAUGAAAUGUAUGGAAUGAGCCAUGUAAAGCUGUCACCAUCAAUGUUUUUAAACCUGAUAAUAUUAAAUAUUUUUAAACUU